CACACCCCUAGCCGCACGCAGGACAGGAGACGUGCUGAUUGAUUUAACCAUAAAGGCGCACCUAAGAAGUAGCCUUUUGAUUGAUCCGCUUAGCCAAAAGGGGGAGGGCGAGGAGGACCUGGAUGUCUUAUUGAUUGCUUUUGCCGGCUCAAAGGAGGAGAAGCUGUUUACAUCUCAGAGAAGCUGAACAUCAGCAGGUUUCCUCUGAGGAGCGCGAAGCAGGAGGAGGUGAUGUGAUGUGAUGCUCUCUCGAGAAACAGAAGGCACCAGUUGAAGUUAUUCUCGCUUUCAGCAGAUGCUUGUUCGGUUUGACUGUUCUUUUUAAUUUUUUUUGGUCAAUGUGGGACUAGUGUUGUACUGAUAAUAACAAGAGUACGUUAAACACUUUAUGGAUGGGACUUUCUGAGCUGGUUAAUGCACUGCUUUUAACAUAGUGAAAAGAAGCAAGGAAGAACUAACUUCUGCGGGAAAUUACUUUUUUUUUCCUUUACACUGAAUACAAAUAAAUACAUAUUUUGACUGUGUUCUCCUCAUCCUUAGGAGAGAAAGCUUGGUAAAAUAUAGAUCUGCUCGAGGAAAUUGGCAAGGAGAAGUUCGUUUUCGUUAUAACAAUGAAAACCCGUUAUUAAGAUUGUGUUUAUUAGUAUUUAUUUCGAUACGUUCGCGCACCCUUUCUUCUGUUAAUUUGUGCUCUGAUGAAACUCAGGUAUGUAAACCGAGCGACUCUGCAUGCCAGUCAGAACGAUGACCGGACAGCUUUGGCUAAGUGAAACCAGGGAGUUGGGCUGGAUGCUGUCUUUGCCAGUACCACAAGUCGCCUGUACUUAUUAAUUUCUUCUAGCUGUAUUCAUCUCCCACCCCUGCUCGGUUCCGUUAACUUGUAGGUAAUGGCAGGCACUGCGAGCGCAGGGAGAUCACGAUAAAUACACAACGCGCUUGAGACAAGUGGUUAAUAAAAAAUGACAGAACAUUAAAAAUGUAGUAAAUAAAGUGUGUCUACACUUAGUUAAACUGAAUGUUGCUGCUAUAAUUCUGGGCUACCUGUGAACGGUUGCAAAUAUUCACCAAAAAAUUGAAUAGAUAUUCACAUCUUGGAAAAUGCUGACUUUUAGACUACUUGCCAUUGUCCUGGUGAUUGUAAAUACCUGGCUGCUAUAUCCAGUUCAUUCAGACCCCAUUCGAAGAUAUAAGAGGACACUAACGUGGAGAGCGGAGCAGAAGCGAGCCUCUCUGACCGGUGAGAAAUGCUGGCAGUACAGCGGGGUCCGACGGCGGCGGCAUGCGCCUCAACACCACCCCCUUGGGGCUUUCCCGAGAAUACAGGACGGGACAGCAAGAUUUUAUUAUCACCGAGCUUUUCUUUCAGAUCUAAGAUGGUACCAAAUCGAAAAUAACAGCUUCUACGAACUUAAAAAAUCAUUCGAAACUGGUGUGGGAAGUACAUAUCACACCAGAAACUCUCAAACAAACGUGACUAAAAGCAAUUGGGCACCAUCAAAAGGAUUUGAAAGAUACGCGCGAAAGAGACGUUCCCUUCCAGCUGCUGUAAAUAACAAAUCGAGAAAAGUUUUGACGGCAAAGCCUACAUCGACCUCGACGUUCAAGUUAAGGAAAAGGCACGGCGCAAACUCAAGGACAUAUCGUAGCCAUAAGUCUAGGCGAUCAGUGGAAGAACGUGCAACAGAAAAUGAAGAGGAGAAAGUACGGUUGAAUCACCAGAGGCUGACCAAGCCCAAAAGCACCGAUUAUAAUGGAGAAUCUGACGAUUAUUCUGAAGAACAUCAAGUGGCGUUAGAUCCCAGCGGUGACAUGUGGGAAAUAGAAACAAACGUCGAAUCACCUCAAACGAUGAAAACAAUGUACUUCACCGGUAAAAAAGAGCAACUGACGGUCCAUCCUAAAGCUGCACUGGAGUUGCCCCGUCUGGAGUUCAGUCUGGAGCUGUGGGUGAAGCCAGAGGGAGGUCAGAAUAACCCAGCAAUCAUAGCAGGUGUUUUUGACAACUGCUCUCAUUCCCUGAGUGAUAAGGGCUGGUCAGUUGGCAUCCAAACGGUGGACCCUACAGGAAGACAUGAAGCCCGCUACUUCUUCACAGUCCGCACUGACCGUGCUCUCAAAGCUACUACUGUGUUUGGUCAUCAAAGAUAUCAUGCCAAUGCAUGGACUCAUCUAGUGGUAAGCUAUAAUGGACAGAGAAUGGUCCUUUAUAUUGAUGGAGCAAAAGAAGGUGAAAGUGACAUGCAAUCAGGUGCCCUUUACAGUUCAUUUAUGGGCACUUGUCGAACCCUGAUUCUUGGAGGUGACCAAUCUGACCGUCCUCACAAUUUUCGUGGAUACCUAGGAACAGUUUUAUUGCACAGAUCAUCCCAUGGUUUGCAUAAACUGCCCAUUAGCAUUUCUCACAAAGGGCCCUAUUUUACAUUUAAAGGUGAUUUCUCUAAAGUAGAAGAACAGUGGACAACUUACAAAGAUGGUGACCGGCCUCUUUUAGAAGCUAUACCAUACCUAGAAAAAGAACUAGUGUCUCCAUUUGUUCCAACUCAUUGUGGGAUAACAGUAUGUGAAAAUGUAGAUGUUAUCUUGAACUACAAUAACCACUGGCCUCUCAGAACUGAAAAGAAAAUCCAUUACAGAGUGGUUAAUAUUUGUGAGGAUGAUGGAGGACACCCUACUGUUUCGCACGAUCAAAUUUCUCUUCAGCAUCGGGCUUUAAACAAUGCGUUCAAGCGCUAUAAUAUCACUUGGGAACUAACAGUCCAUCAAGUCUUUAAUUCCAGCCUCCGUCAAAGGAUUAUUCUAAGUAACUGUGAAAAAAGCAAAAUUGGAAAUGAUCAUUGUGACACCGAAUGUGAUCAUCCAUUAACUGGAUAUGAUGGCGGAGACUGUCGAUAUCAUAAUCGCUGCUACCCAUGGAAGAGACAGGAUGGUGUUUGCAACAUGGAGUGCAAUAAUAUACUUAAUGAGUUUGAUGAUGGCGAUUGUUGUGAUCCUGAAGUCACAGAUGUUACAAAAACUUGCUUCGAUCCUGAAUCCAUAUACAGAGCCUACAUGAGUGUAAAAGAACUUAAGGAAAUACUACAGCUGAGCGGUUCUGACUUUCUUAAUGUAUACUUUGCGAGAAAUUCAGUCCGCGAAGAGCUGGCAGGAGCUGCUACAUGGCCCUGGGCCAAAGAGGCCCUGAGUCACUUAGGGGGAAUGGUACUAAACCCAUCAUAUUUUGGAAUAGUCGGACAUACACAUACUAUGAUUCAUGAGCUUGGACAUAUUCUGGGAUUAUAUCAUGUGUUUAAAGGAGUCAGCGAGAGAGAUUCCUGUGAUGACCCUUGUCGAGAAAUGGUGCCGUCUUUGGAAACUGGCGACUUCUGUGCUGAUACAGCACCAACACCCAAAUCCAAAGUGUGCCGAGAUCCAGAUCCAGUCAAUGAUACCUGUGGUCCAAUUCAAUACGAGGGAACACCCUUUAAUAACUACAUGAGCUACACAGAUGAUGACUGCACUAACAGCUUUACUCCCAACCAAGUGGCCCGAAUGCAUUGUUAUGUAGACCUGGUAUAUCAGAUGUGGGUCCACAAUAAAAAACCUGCUCCAGUUCCCAUUGCUCCCGUGGUGAUUGGACAAACAGAAGAAUCUGUGUCUAUUUACUGGCUUCCAUCUGUGAGUGGAACAUCAUAUGAAAGAGAGGUGGGAAGUUUGUGCGAACAAUGCAAUGAAAAUGGAGCAUUUCUUCAGUAUGCAUACUAUGCUACUUCACCAAGGAAAUGUGAUUCCUCAGGUUACUGGACACCUGAAGAGGCAAUAGGUUCCCCUGAUGUUGAUCAGCCUUGUGAACCAAGCCUCCAGGCAUGGAGUCCAGAGCUGCACCUGUAUGACACCAACAUGACAGUUCCCUGCCCUCAGCUCCACGGCUGUUCUCUAGAACUUUAUUUCCUUCAUCCAAUUGUUGGGGAGACUCUUACAGUGUGGACUACAUACAUAUCUGCUGAGUCUUCCAAUGCUAUCUCAAACAUUGAGGUCGUCACAGAGCACGGAGAUUCUUUCCAGAUGGGUCCUUUCCACACAUUCUGUGAUGUGCCACUUACCAUUCGUCUGAACACAAACAAGAAAGUAAAAGGGGUGAAGAUCUUCACUUUUGAUGAAAAAAUGGAAAUUGAUGCAGCCCUCCUUACUUCUAAAGAAAAUGACCCAAUGUGCUCUGGCUGCCGCCCACUUCAGUAUCGGGUGCUGAGAGACCCUCCUUUUCUCAAAGGCCCUGUAGUUCAGCAAGAACGCAAGUUUACAGAUAAAGAAGUUACCCUGGGAAGAAGGUACAGUUAUAGAAUAAUUGUGGAAUCAGAAGAAGAGCACAGUGAAAUUUCACCAGCCCUCCUACACAUCCAUGGUGCCCCAUACUGUGGAGAUGGACGAGUACAACAGAUUUAUGGAGAAGAGUGUGAUGAUAACAAUCUUCUUGAUGGAGAUGGCUGCUCUAAGCAAUGUAAAAAAGAGGAAGGAUUCAGUUGUGAUGGUGAACCCAGCAGGUGCUAUGUGUUUGAUGGAGAUGGUGUGUGUGAACCUUUCGAGAAAGGAACUACAGGAAAGGACUGUGGGUUCUUUACUCCACAUGGAUUCAUCGACCAGUGGGCUGCAGAAGCAUAUGCUUCUCACCAAGAUAACCUGAAAUGCCCAGUUACAGCGGUGACAGGAGAGCCCUCACUCAGUCAGACAUGUAAAUCAAAGUUUCUGGAAAUAAACAGUGGCAUGUCACAGUACGCUUGGUUCCCUUGUACUGUCUCAGAAGAUGGCUAUUUUGAUCAAGAGGAGAUUGUGUGGUUAAAGGUGUGUUUCUCACGUCCUGCAGUGGCAACCUCCAUUAUUGUUUACCUUGCAUCAGAUGGUUUAAUGCUUGGAGAUCAAAGCAGGAAAACAGUAUCCAUCCAAAUUGGUGACACUCAGGGGGAAAACCAUACCUUAGGUUCAUACGAGCUUUCAUGCCAUCAAAACCCUCUCAUUGUGAAUGUGACCCAUAAUUUGAUUCUUCCAUUUUUUCAAACGGCCUCAGUGCUGCUGAAAUUCUCUUCUCCCCUUGUCGCUGUCUCAGCUGUGGCACUUCGCACCUCAUCCCAGUUUUCUGCCCUCACCAUGAACGGGUGCGCUGUGGGUGUGGCCUUCAAUCAACAAAGACAGAUUUGCAUGCACAGGUCCUGCAGUACUGAGAAGUGCAGCCCUAUUGAGUUAAAACAUGCAUCAGUGAACUGCACCUCUGAGAAAGAGUCGCAUCUUAAGUGUUCAGUGACCUGCCAUCCAGGUUUCAAGCUUGAAGUAGUAGGGAAAAAGCAUGUACAUCCUAAGAAGAGAGACAUUGCCAUUGAGUGUGCAUAUGGAACCUGGAAUCAAGCAGUGACUUGCAGCCCAAUUGAUUGUGGAUAUCCUGAUGUCUCCCAUGUCUACUAUGCAUCAUUUUCAUGUCCUGGAGGGACCACAUUUGGGAAACGUUGCUUCUUUACCUGCAACUCACCAGCUAAGCUACAAGGAGGACGAAACUGGCUGGAUUGUCUAGAAGACGGACUGUGGUCCUUUCCUGAAGCCUACUGCAAACUGGAAUGCACCCUACCUCCGCUUGUUCCCAACGCAAAAUUGAUGGUGCCACGCUGUCAACAAGAAGGGCAUAGUGUCGGGUCUAUAUGCCGUUAUAAGUGUAACCCUGGGUAUUAUGUCACCGGCACACAUAACAAGACAGCAAGAAAGAAAUUUCUGAAGAUUGAAUGUUUAGAAGGGGGCUACUGGGAGAAGGGAGGCUGCAGUCCUGUUCUCUGUCCUCCUCCUCCCCCUGUAUUUGAGGGAAUGUACACUUGUACCAAUGGCCUGGAGUUUGACAGCCAGUGCACACUUGAGUGUCCUGAUUCUGAUGAAAGGUAUACUAUUCGCUGCAGUAAAGAAGGCACAUGGACAGAGGAAUUCAAAUUGUGCACCACACUGCAAGGUUCUUGCUUGCCUCCAACUAAUAUCAAUUUAGUGGAGUACAAUUGUGAAGAAGGGUACGAUGUUGGUGCUGUUUGCUACCCGUCUUGUGUUAUUGCGCUUAAUGACCCAGUAGUACUCCUCCAUAACUUCACAGCUGAUACAAUCAAACAUUGGAUGGAUCCAACCAAAACUGAGAGUAUUGUGUGCACAGGAAAAAUGAGAUGGUAUCCAGAUCCACAUGUAAUCCACUGCAUCCAGUCAUGUGAACCUUUUCAGGGAGAUGGCUGGUGUGACACUAUUAACAACCGUGCCUAUUGCCAAUAUGAUGGAGGGGACUGCUGCCCCUCGACACUUUCAUCAAGAAAAGUUAUUACCUUUGGCGCUGCCUGUGACCAAGAUGAGUGCACGUGUCGUGAUCCAAAAGCCGAAGAGAAUCAACAAAGUGAAAAGCUGAGAAUUGAGAAUCCCUGAAUCUGCAGUUCUUAACUUCAGUAUCUACCUGAAAUCACAUACUGUAUGUACAUAAAGAGGAGAGUAUCACUAUGGCCAAAACAGCUACACGUUUCUGAAACAGAAAUGGGAUGAACUUAACUGUUUUCUUAUUUUGGCUCAUAAGGAAUUUGAAAUGGACAGAAAGUAAUCAUUAGCUACAGUCUUGAGUGUAUACUGUAUCAGUUUACAAGCUUAUAGAUGUGUGUAAUAUAUUGUGACAGGUUUACUAAAGUUAGAUGUAAUUUCAUAAUGGAUAUUCAAUUAAAAGUGUAUUAGAGAAUAAUAGCUAUCUUCUUGAUUAGUAUUUUUGGAAACAUAAUGAAAAGUUUUAUUUCUGUAUUAUCUUCAAUGUAGGACCUGCUGCUCAUAAUUGUGUAGUCCAGUUCAUCUUAGUCUUUGGCAGUAUAAAGAAAUCUUGCACAUAAUUUUUCUGUUUUAUUGGUUUUUUUGUUUUAAGAUAAUAUUUUUCACUUAUUUUAUAUAGUGAUAAUGCAGUAAGUUUAUGCAUGCAUUUUCAGUAAAUUCUCAUCAAUGUGACAUGUAAUACUUUUGACAUAACCAGUAUUCUGAUAAUCUAGAUGCAUGCCUUUUGUGCUCCUUUAAAUAUAUACUUGAAUGCCACUGGUUCAUGUUUUUGAGUAUUAAUGCAAUGACAAGCCUGGAGAUAUUUUUGAGUCCCUAUGUGUCCAUUUUAAGAGAAUACCUGCUUACUGAAAUGGAUUAUUUGGCUUCAUUAAUGCUGUACCAGAAAAUACAAUAAAGACAUUUUACCAUAUGUACGAUGAUGCCUUUUAAACAAUUGUAAAAUUGACCAUGUUAGAGUUAAACAAAAUAUAAAAAUAAAUAAAUAAGUAGACAGACUUCUUUGUUUAGCACUCUUGUACUUCAGUAAUAUUCCAUACUGAAUAGGGGUUAACUUUUAUAUGAUGCUGAAAAGUUCCAUAAAUUUACUUACCCAAAAAAAUGAGGGACAUUGUAUCAAAAUUAUUCAUGUGAUAUCUGCUUUUAACUGUUUCUUUUACAUUCCUGUUACUUCAGUACUUACAUUUUGGUCAGAAGCAUGCUUUAACUACCAUAUAUUUACCACUCAGCUGUUACUGUUUUAUCUUUGUUUGUGUUUAAACUUCUAAGGACUUUUUAUUGUCUUGUAUAUUAUAUGUCCAUAUUUUUUCCCAAGCUGGCAGCCAGUUGUGCUGAAAAAGAUGUACACUUUGAUCAGACCAAAAUAAAUUGUAUCUGCACUAUAAAUAUAAAACUGGCAAAUAUGUUUUUUAUAA